AAUGUUCAAGGUCCAUCCAUUUCGUUGACCCAUUUAUUAAACUACAUUCUACAGCAAUAAAAACAGCACACACGAUGAGUCAUACCAUUCUUCUUGUCCAGAAAACAUCUGCAGCCUCAAGCAAAACAUACAUCGAGUGUCCUUCUGUUGCAAAGGCCAUGGAUGAGGUGAUUUCGAUGUAUGAGGAAUACCUAAAGAAUAAGUUCCCACAUCGAGAAAGAAUUGAGUUUGAUGUCAAUGAGGUCCUAGAGAUGGUCUAUAACCUACCAGACUGUGCAGCAUUGGUAUUUGAUCCAAGGACAGCGACCUAUAUUCCUCAUGACAAAUCCUGGAUCCAGAAACAAGUCAUAGCACGGGCACAGUCUAGAGCGAGUUAAAGGGCUAGGGAGAGGGAUAAUUCCCAAAGACAGCAAUGUGGAGCCCGAAUGUAAUCGAAAAGACAGCAGGAGUACAUAGUGUCAGUUUGAGCAUCUUUGCUCUUCAGAAAGUGAAGAAUGCCAAUGACAGAUCGGCACGACUGUCGUGUGGUUUGAAAUAUUACAAAUAAAAUUAAGAC